CUGUGCUUUGUUUUUAGGUUACAGGACUCGGAGAAAAGAAAGAGAAGGGUCUUAGGCCGCUUGCUCUGACAUCGUGAUAUUAGUGGGGUUAAAAUGACGUUGAAGAAUUGCCUCCUGGACCAAACAGAAUGACCAAACUGAAGAUGUUCCGAUUUUUCCUCAUACUUGGGUCCCUUUUCAUGAUUUUGUUGAUUAUUUUCUACUGGGAUGAUGUUGGAGCUGCACAACUCUACUUUCACAGUGUCAGUUCAAAGCAACAGUCUUUGUCGCACUUUGCUAGCCUUUCUGCUGCAGAGCAAACAUUUCAUGGUUCUAACAUAAAGACAUUUAUGUCAGGUGUAGAUGAAUUUACAGAUAAAAUUUUUAGUAAAGUUUUAGUUCAGAACCAGACUGUGAAUAAAAAUGACAACCAAAGGACUCCACAGUUGUCCAACAAGCAAGCAUCAGGACAACUAGAAGAGAUCAUACGUGGUUAUGACUGGGCUACUCGUAGCACACGUAUAAAUAUGGACUACAUGAAGCUUCAGAAUGAGAGAAAGCAGAUGCUGCAUAGUUUAUGCAGAAAUUCUACUCUCCAGUUUUCCGGCAAAAAUCGCUCAUUUGAAGACAUACCCAACAAAGAGUUGGAUCACCUGAUAGUGGAUGAUCGGCAUGGUAUUAUCUAUUGUUACGUACCCAAGGUGGCAUGUACUAACUGGAAGCGGAUACUCAUUGUGUUGAGCCAGAGUGUACAAAAUAAUGGCAAACCCUACAGUAAUCCCCUAGAUAUUCCAAGGGAGAAUGUCCACAAUACAAGUUCUCACUUCACCUUUAACAAGUUCUGGAAACGUUAUGGGAAGUUCUCAAAACAUCUUAUGAAAAUCAAAUUGAAGAAGUACACAAAGUUUCUGUUUACUCGUGACCCCUUUGUCAGACUGAUAUCAGCUUUUCGUAGUAAAUUUGAACUGGAAAAUGAAGGUUUUUACAAAGAAUUUGGAAUGCAAAUAUUGAAACUUUAUUCAAAUGUAACAGAACCACCUGCCUCUGUCAGUGAAGCAUUUGCCACAGGAAAUAAACCUUCCUUUAAUGCAUUUGUCCAGUAUUUAUUGGAUCCUGAGACUGAACGUAGGGUUCCUUUUAAUGAACACUGGAGACAGGUUUACCGCCUUUGCCAUCCGUGUCAGAUAAACUAUGACUUUAUUGGAAAGCUAGAGACUUUGACUGAAGAUGCGGAGUACUUGCUUCAGCUUUUAAAUCUGGAAAAUAAGGUGCAGUUCCCACCCAGCUACCGAAAUAGGACAGCCAGCAGCUGGGAAGAAGACUGGUUUGCAAAAAUUCCUAUUGAAUGGCGAAGAAAACUAUACAGGCUUUAUGAACCAGACUUUUUGCUUUUUGGUUACCCUAAACCAGAAAGUUUAUUGCAAGAUUAAUUUCUUGUAGAAUAAUGUUCUGUUUAAAUGUAGCACAAAUCAACUGAAUUUUCCAUUGCAGGUCUCAGAGUUCUAUUUCAGGGAGUUAUACGUUUCCGUAAUAUGGGAAGAACAUAAGGGAAAUGUUUGAACCAGAAUGCUUGAAAGCUAGUUUUUAAGGGAUAUAGUAACAGUCAAUUUGAAGAGAAUUUUUUACUUUGAGGCAUAUUUCAAAGCAAGAGUUAGCAAAUGUGUGUGAAACUGAAAAUUGAUAACUAUUUUGCAUCUGUUUCCUCAACAGGAUUGUAUUUGAUCAUGUUUUCACUUUAGGAACAUAUACGAUUCAUGAAUUCCCAUAGAUUAUUUUGAAUACUUAAAUCCUCUUCAUUGUGCUUAUGUAGAUGUGCUUAGCAACAAAGCUGUUCACUUGUUAAAUGUAUUCUGGGAAAGAGUUUAUAAAUAUGUUUUAUAAAUAAAAACUUUGAAACAGAGCAUUAUAAAUGAACAAUCUUGUAAAGGCAGGUACACUGUUUUAUUUGCAUUCUUGUUAGGAUUCUUUCAUCAGUCAGAAUUCUUAAUUAAAAAAAAAAAUUAAAAAAGAAACUUUGAAGAUCCCGUA